CCAAAAAUCACCGAAAAGAAAGAAAAAAAAAUGGCUGCCUCUUUGCAACCACUGUUCUCAGCAAUGACAUUCCUGUUGUUGAUUGCUUCUCUGAUUGGGUCCUCCGAAGCUGCCGGAAUUGUCCAAUACUGGGGCCGAGGCCAUAAAGAACCAUCAAGUUUGGCUGAGUUCUGCAGGCGAGAAUUCGCUACCGACGUGAAUAUUGCCUUUCUGGAAAAUUUUGGCAGCGGCCAGAUGCCUGAAUUGAACAUAAUUCAUCCUUGGCCGAGCUCAUCAGACAUAGAAUCUUGCCAGAAUAAUCAGACCAAAGUGUUUAUUUCUCUCGCAGGACAACCGAACCUUACUUCCGUCGAAGAUGCGGAAGAAGUGGCAGCCUAUGUCUGGAACACUUACUUAGGCGGUGAAUCAAGCGACCGUCCAUUCGGCACAGCUGUUUUAGAUGGCGUAGAGCUUCACAUCCACAGCGGAAACACGACUUACUUGGAUGAUCUUGCUCGGGCACUUAAGGGAUACCCAAAUGUGAUCUUAGCCGUAGCGGCGGAAUGUCCUAUUCCUGACCCUGCUCUUGACGCAACUAUCAGAACUGGAGUCGUUGAUCAGGUGCGGGUGGAAUUUUUCGACAACCCAUCUUGUCAGUUUGUCCCUCCAAACGAUACCAGUCUCCUCUUCCGGAGCUGGGACAAUUGGUCUGAUUAUCCAGGCGUUAAUCUAUUGUUCCUGGGAAUACCUAUCUCAAAAGAUAUCGCACCUGAGGGCGGUUACAUCCCACCUAAUGUGCUAGUUUAUCAUGUUCUUCCCUAUCUGCAGAACUCUCCUGUUUAUGGAGGCAUCAUGGUUUUCCCCUACCUUCAUCACGAGGUAAAUUUCCAAUCCCUGCUACGGUCCUAUGCUCGUGCUGCCUGAUCAGUUCCUUCCUCUCGAUCGCUAUCUACUGAAGGAGGGAUGAAAUCAAAUGUACUCCUGCUUGUUAAUGCCGGAGACGAAAAUGGUAAAUAAAUAAACAAUGGGUUGGUUAUCCAUGCCCACAUUAAAUAAAAUUGUCGCAUGAAGCUCAAUCGUACGGGUUUGAUUUUGAAU